AUGAGUUCAGAGCCUAAAAAGACGCCUCAUGCACCUGAAGUCGUGAAUUUGGAAAACCCUGAAGAAGUUCCUGAGAUUGCAGAGCCGGUGUUGAGCGACACCACUACUAGUGUCGCGCGUCACCAACUGCAGAGCGAAGCCGUUGAUGCUCCGAAUCCGAAAUCUGCAGAGGAGAAGGCCUACAAAACUAAAGUUCCUUACCCAAGGAGCCCUAGAAAGUCCAAGCAAGAGCUUGAUGAAGCAAGAUGCAAGGCCCUGAUGGAAAAGCUUGUGAUUGAGAUUCCCUUGGUUGAUGCUGUAAAGAUCACUCCUGUUAUCAGAAGUUAUGUGAAGCGAAUGGUGACUAAUAAUCUCAGCCAUGAACAAGGAGUGAUGAUGAUUUCUGAACAAGUCAGUGCAGUGAUUCAGAACCGAAUUCCAGAGAAGCUGUCUGAUCCAGGAAGCUUUGUCUUGGAUUGCUUUAUCUUCACAGAGAGAUUCAAGAGAUCGCUGUGUCAAUCUCGUAUGACUGAUUUCAAGCCGACAAGGAUAUCUCUCAUCCUAGCUGAUCGUUCGACAAGGAUACCUGAAGGGGUGCUAGAAGAUGUUCCAAUCAAAGUUGGAGACUGCAUGAUACCGACUGAAUUUGUGGUUCUGGAGUAUGGAGAGGAGCCUAAGGAUCCUUUUAUCCUUGGGAGACCUUUUCUAGCUACAGCAGGUGCUAUCAUCGAUGUCAGGAAAGGCAGGAUUGCUCUGAAUGUUGGAGAUCUGGUGAUGAACUUUGACAUGGACAAGCUGAUGAAGAAGCCCACCAUCGAUGGUCAGAGUUUAGGGUUUAGGGUUUGA